AUGAACUAUUGCUUCGAUUCGAUUUGUGGUGGUGAUAUUGUUAGUGAAGAAGGAACUCUUCAAAGUCCCAAUUAUCCUGAAGACUAUCGACCCAACAAGGAGUGCAUUUGGAAGAUAAUUGUUCCAGAGAAAUAUCAAGUUGCCCUUAAAUUUUCCUCUUUUGAGAUUGAAUCUCAUGACAACUGUGUCUAUGAUUACCUUGAGAUACGAGAUGGACAUUCAUUAUCAAACUCACCCAUUUUGGGUAAAUUUUGUGGACACAGAAUUCCAAAUGAUAUAAGAUCGACAAGCAAUAAACUUUUAAUCAAAUUUGUAUCUGAUUCGUCCGUCCAAAAGGCUGGUUUUUCAGCCAAUUUUAUCAAAGAGUUCGACGAAUGUUCCUCAGGUAACCAUGGAUGUGACCAUAUUUGUGUUAACACAUUAGGCGGUUAUCGAUGUGAGUGUCGCAUUGGAUACGAGCUUCACUCAGAUGGGAAAAAGUGUGAAAAUGCUUGCGGUGGUUUAAUUGAACUAUUCAAUGGAACUCUGGUCAGUCCAUCAUUUCCUGAUCUUUAUCCACCCAACAAGAAUUGCAUCUGAGAAAUUGUUGCUCCACCACAAUUCAGGAUAACAUUGAAUUUCACUCAUUUCGAUUUGGAAGGAAAUAAUGUCCAUUCAAGUGUAAAACAUUAUUCCAGGAAUCCAAUGUAGAGCAAAAAUGUGAAUCAGAGAGACUCGUGCCAU